AGAAAGUUAUGUCGAAUGCGCUCGUGAAGAUAUAAAAACUGCCAACAUUUCUCAUCCAUAAACAUUUCUUAUCCAUUUCACUUUCGUUCUCUUGCAAUAAACAAGCAAUUUUUGCCUUGAUUUUAGUUUGAACCAUCAAUGGCGGAAGAAGCUGGGUUCAUCUUGGGCGAAAUCUCCCAUAUUCUCUUUGAAAUGUUGCUGCUUGUCAAAGAUGACCUCGACGACCUCGGAAUCACCGUCUCUGCAGUCAUAGUUAUGCUUCCUGACGCCGAAGAGCGAUCUGCGACCAGCAAUUUCACAGCUUGGUUUGAAAAGCUGAAAGAUGCAGUUUACGAUUCCGAUGACUUGCACGAUGAGUUAUCUUUCGAUGAUUUGAGAAGGCUUCUCUUUCCCUGGUCAAGGGCAAACAAUUAUGUUUACCUUUCCAAAAUCAGCUCUCCAAUUCAGGUCAUUAAGAACAGGUUAACUUCCCCUGAAAGGGUGUUCGACAUGUUAAACUUUUUUGAUCACCUCGUUAAAAUCCCUUUAAUGGCUGCAAAGAGCACAACUUUGGUAGCAGGUUGUCCGACUAGGAUGAAGACGACGGAAAAGAAUGGAAGCAAGAAAAGAAAUCUGAACUUUGUUUCCGAUGACUUAUUGAGACAAGAAAGAAAAGGAAUAAGGAAACCGAGGGAUCUCCGGUACCGACUAGAAUCAUUAACAAAAAAUGAAGAAGAGUUUAUCAAGUCAUCCGUGCCAGAAGUAGUGGAAAUUUACGAUGAUCCAACCAAAAGAGGGAUAAAUAAUGUAAAAGUUACUGCAACCGAUGAUCUAACUAGUGAAGGAGUACAAUCUAAAUUCCGUGAUUUGGAGAACCAACUUUAUGACGAUGGCAACGACAAAGUGGAAUGCAAAGAUUUCCCAGGCUUGGAACAGGCAUUGAAGAACACUGCUUGGGGGGAAAUUCCAGAGUACCUCGAAUCUAUUGCAAUCCAAAUUGAAAAAGAUCGUGGAAAAACUACUGAUGUUUUUCAUAUCGCCAUUCAAAUUCUGGUCUGUGCUGCGAUCAAAGAGAUGAAAGAUUUCUCGGUUGGGGAUUUAGAUUGGGAUACCUUGAAAAAGUGGGGCGCCACACUUAAUUACGCUGAAAAAUUUGGUUUUCAAGUGAGAUUUGCUGAUAAUCUGUUGAAGAAGAAUUUGCUAGCCUAUUUUGCUGCUCAAAAUCUUCCCAAAUCGACUGCAAAAAAAUAG